AUGGCGACUGUGACCUGUGCGCCCAAAACAAUGUUGAAUUCCAACGCCAAACCGCGCCGUCGCCAGAAUCAUUGCUGUGACCAGUGUCGUCGUGGCAAGAGAGCGUGCGACGCCACCGGACGCGACAGCAAUGAGGUCUGCUCAAAUUGCAUCAGGACAGGCAAAGUCUGUACCUUCGAAAAGGUCCUUCGAACCGUCAAAGAAAAGUCGCAUCGGCCAGGAGAAAAGAGUGCAUCAGCUCCCUCUGUCUCGCAAGCUGACACGAGGAAAAGUGUUUCAGCAGCUCCCGACGCUUCACUAAGUGAUACUUUCCAGAAUUCAGUCCACACUCUCAGUUAUCGAUCAAUUUCACCCCCUAGCCUCGAUGCCGUUGAUUUUUCAGGUUUCGAUGCGCCGCCACAAGAACGCGCAAACUCACAGGACUCAACCGCCUUCCCUGAUUUCAACGAGCUAUGCCCCUCAUUGACCUCCGAGGAUUUCGAACUUAUCACUCAAGAUGACAUGAAUGGGUCGAGCGCCAUUUUGGGAUGGGACUCGUCUCAUACUUACCACCAGCGAGAUGUUGGUUCAGAUAAUCAAACAACGCCGAGCAGCAUCUUUUCGUUUGGUGAAGACUUGUACAGUAACAGCUCCAGCACCAACUCGCGCAAGCGGAAAACACCUCCUCAAGGGCAGCGAUCUCCAAAACUCAAGUCUCGAAAUUACACAAACCCUUUCUCCGAUGUCACGAUUGCUACUCUCGCAGAGAGAACAAACAAGGCCAUAAUUUCCGAAAGCCUGACUCGUAUCUACCAGGAUACAAUGGAGAAUGCCAUGUCUUGCUGGAUCACCGAAAGAACCUGCCCAUAUAUUUACGAAGGCCUGGAACUUUCCAAAACACGGACUCUCGAGUAUUUGACCGGAGAAAGCUUCCUGAAAUCUGGUAACCGAAUGAUUGCACGUAUAUGUCAACUGGACCGUCCGACCUCCACUUUGAGAGAGCGCCCUCUGACACCGCAUGAGAACAAUCUAUCGUCGCGUGCCUUGAAGGCCACCAUCAUGGCAUUCGCUAGCCAGUGGGCACAAUCCGCAAGUGCUGUGAAACAGAGCACCGGACACACACCUCGAUUUGAGGCAUUGCACGAUAUAAUUGACGGCCGCCCAAACAGUUCGUUAGAUGGCCGAGACUCAUCCAAUUUCGAUCGCUCAUUGCAAGAAUCGUUAUGGUACGAUGCCCGCAAGGCGCUGCAUGAAGCUGCCGAGAUCGACUCAUUUCGGGUAAUGUUCGCGCAGCUGAUAUUCUCUUUCAUUCAAAAGCCUCUACCUCGACACCAGUACGCCAUGAUCAUGAAGCACAAAGCGAAGAGAGGUCUUAAACGCGAGCCCUCAGUGAUAUCAAACGCAGAUAUAAUGUCGAUCAACUCCCAGGACAGCGGCAUUAAGUCAUCAGAAAUUCGACCGGAUCACGCAGUCUCUGAUAUAUCCCGUGAGUCCCAAGAGCUUCAAGACCUGCUCGAUCUUCAGGGACGUCCAGUGCAUAUUGAAGCUGCUUUGUUACGAUUGUCGACGAAACGAGUUCACCUCGAAGGAUCGAGCAGGAACCUCCGACAAGACCUGACGGACAAGAUGGCCAUAACAGAUCGAAAGUCUUUCAACAUGCUUUUCUGGGUCACGAUGAUGUGCGAUACUAUUAUGGCUGUAUUUUAUAAUCGGCCACCUGUAGUAUCUGACGAAGACUCUCUCAUUCUUCAAGUCGACCCUUCAACGGACCCACAAUCUUCGAUCACUUUGGGCGAUCCUUCCACUGAUAAUGACAUUGAGUCUUCGCCUUGGGGUACUUUGCUCAUGAAGAAGGCUGAGUGCACUGUUCAUACAACAAGGUCGGCUUGGCCAUUUUCCGAGGAGCAUGCACUAGCACUCCUGGCAGAUGCUGCGCAGGUCAAAGUCCUGCUGUACCGCAAGAUCAAGAGACUCAGCAACUGUAUAUUCAGACGCAAUUCCACCAAGACUAUCGAGGCGGCCAUUGUCGAUGCUCUCAAUGUAUACGAAUAUUGGAACAAAGCUUACGGCAAUUUCAUAAUUGAUUGCGUAAGGCAUCAUGAUGAACUGCACCCUCGCGUCCAAUCGUGGUAUUCGGUCUUGAUCGGCCACUGGCAUCUCGGAGUUCUAUGGCUCGCAGACUGUCUUGACGAUGUUGAUCAACACGAGAGAGGAGACCACCUUUACGGAGCCCUUCGAAAAUCUUGUCGCCUCACCUUCGAGAUGCGGAGAACCAGUGCAUUCCAAAUGGCCGAUGUCUGCAGAGUUGCAAGACCUCGAAAUGGCUCGUCCUUCCACCAGAUCAGCGAUUUCCACACGACAGUCAGCCAAGGCGCGCUUCUCACCGAGCCCUGGACGGAAAUUUUGAUUCGAUGUUUUGCAAGGUCUGCGGACUGGUUCAUGGUGUGGCUUUCCGAGCUGCAAUCAAAUUCCUUACCUUUGGCUUCGUUUGGUUUUGACACAUUAUAUGAGAAUUGCGCGCAGUGCAUUGGAGGUCUUUUUGAUAUAGGUCGCAAGUCGGACAUGUCGUACUUGGCAGCUCUGUCGCUUUCACAUCGGCUCCAGAAUGCAUUUCCAAACGCCCCUAGGGUUGACGAUUUACUUUCGACUUAA